UAAUGUAAGUUAAAUAAAUCUAUUACGGAGAUAUAAAAGUUCAUACUGAAAUAAGAGGUUGAUCACAUGUUUGACUUUCUUACUUUAACAAAGUCAAAGCUCAAUAGAGGCAGCAUGUGGCGUUAUACUCUGUUUUGGAACGUGAAGAGAGGUGAAAAUUAUGAUUCUCAUAUCUUUUUUGUUUCUGUAAUCACAUACGCUAAAUGUUUCAUAUAAAUUUACAGGUUGUAAUAGGAAAAGAAUAAUACCUGGUUAAGAUUUGAUCAGCUUUUUAACAUAAACGUUUUUAUAAUAAAUUUAAAGGUUGUAAUAGAAAAUUUUGGUUGUAAAUUUUCAAUUUUCUAAAAACGUUAUUUUUUCUUAGUUUGUUCUUUCAUGGUGUGAUAUGAUAUCAUACGCUUAUGGAAAUGUUCACUAUCAUUUUGGAAGCAAUUUGUCUGGAUAUGGUGAAGCAGGAAGAGACAGAAACAGAGUUGUGUCCAAACCAAAAGUCAAAUCUCCUUAGAAUCUCUUUAUAAUCCACAUCUCUCCUUGUGAAUCCAAGGACGGAUCCUGAACAAAACAUGCAUGGAGUUUGGCUUUAUUUCAAGAAGUCUCUAAGCUGCUGCAACGCACAGAAGUCAACUGACCCUGGUGAUCCAGUGAAGAACCGAAUCCGUAAGACGACAAAUCCAACUGGUUGGUCAAGAUCAAUGUCAAAUAUGAGAGAUGUAUUUGCAACACAUGGGGAUGGAGGAGCUACGCAGAAUCCAAGCUGCUGCAGCUCUCGGUCUAUGGAGAGCUCCAGGUUAAUAAACACAACGAAAAUUGAGGGCAAUAAUAACGGUUACUCGGGGAGAUUCAAAGGAGAAUCUUCUUCUGAUUUACUUCCCGGUCGUUUUUCUGAGAGAUUUGAUGUUCUUGGCUCUGACAUCUACGGUUUUGGAGUUCUUUCUUGUCGAAAAUGCCAUGAGGGAGUCAGAGAUCUUGACGCGUUUGAGGCCCAUUACCUUUCUAACCAUUCCGUCAUCAAACUCUUAGCUGGAGACUUCUCAAGAACAACUGUUGAGUUAAUCUGCAGUACAGGCUAUUCUCACAAGCUUGGCAAAACAAAAGGGAACAACAUUUCGGCGAUCUUGAAAAUACAAAAUUUGCAAAGAGUAGUUGCAGAGUUUGAGGAUUACAGAGAACUCGUGAAAAUAAGAGCGAACAAGCUUUCGAAGAAACACUCGCGGUGUAUGGCUGAUGGGAACGAGUUUCUUGGGUUCCACGGUACAACUCUUUCUUGCGCUCUCGGUUCCAGUAACAGCUCUUCAAACCUCUGUUUCUCGGAUCAAUGUGGAGUUUGUCAUAUUUUAAGACAUGGUUUCAGUGCGAAAACAAGCCCGGAUGGGAUUAAAGGUGUUCUCACAGCAUCAACGAGCUCUAGGGCUCUUGAAUGUAUUGAAAUUACCGAUCAAAGAAUGAACAUAGGUUCAUUGAAAGCAGUUGUGCUAUGUAGAGUGAUUGCAGGGAGGGUUCAUAAACCGAUGCAAAAGUUCGAAGAUCCUAGUGGGUUUUCUGAGUUUGAUUCGUUGGCUUUGAAAAUGGGACCAAAUUCUAGAACUGAAGAGUUCUUUCUAUCGAGUACUAAAGCUUUGUUACCUUGCUUUGUCAUCAUCUUCAAGCCUUGUAAAUAAAUGGGUCUCCUCAUAUAGAGUUCCCUUUAUUAUAUGUGUUUAUCCUCCUCAUAAACAACCUGAUCGAUAUUAAUGUGUAGAUGAAAACUAUUCAAGGUGAUUUUUA